AUGAGGAGGAGAGGAAUCGCUACCUUGGCUUCGUCACCGGCGGAGGAGGGGGGCGACGGAGAGCGCAUAGCGGGAGGCAUAACCCAGGUAGCUCUGCUCUCUCGUCCUCCGCCUCCUCAUCAUCGGUCUGUCUGUCUGUCUGUCUGACAUUGAGCAUUCUCAGUUGAUAGGUUGGACUCCGCUCCUGGAGCUGAAACGGAUUGAGCAGAAAGAUGGCGUGGACGCGCGUCUGGUGGCGAAGAUGGAGACGUACCAGCCUCUCUCUUCCGUCAAGGACCGCGCCGCCAUCAGGUUUGGGAUGCUUUUGAUGCCCUUCCCCUACAACUGCUGCAGCUGCUGCUGCUGCUCUCCCUGUCUCUCUCUCUCUUGCUCGCUCACCAGCUCUCUCUUGGGUCUUCCAAGCUGAGAAAUUUCGGCGGAGGAAUGCCGGAAAACCCCCUCUCAGGAGAUGGCGAGAGGAGGUGGCGGAGACCCAGAUAGACGGUCAGAUGGGCGAAACCCCAUCAGAGCCGAGAUCUCGUUCCGACAGGGCCGAUGAUUGUCCGCUCUUUUUUUUUUUUUUUUAAUGAAUUCCAUUCCUGCGUCUCUCUCGAAUCGCCCGGGGAUGAUCUCAUUCCUUUUUCCCUGCGCAGGAUGAUAGAGGACGCAGAGGAGAAGGGUCUCAUCGCUCCCGGGAAGACGACGCUCGUGGCACCCACCAGCGGGAACCUCGGAAUCGCCCUGGCCUGCAUCGCAGCCCAGAGAGGAUACAAGUUCAUAGCGGUGAUGCCGGAUCACUACUCGAUUGAGCGGCGGAUCAUCUUGAAAUCCCUGGGGGCCGAUGUGGAGCUCACCGGUACAUCCUUUUUCUGGAAACAUUGUUCUUCCGUGGAUACCACCCGUAGGGUUUCAUGAGCAGAGUACCAUUUUGAUGUCGACAACAUAAUUGCUGAAUUGAUGUCGGGAUCUUCGCUGCUUUUCAGACUCGAAACUGGGUAUGCAGGGAAUCACCGAGAAGAUAAACGAGCUAAGAUUUACCAUUCCCGAUGUGCACACACUGGACCAGUUCUCUAAUCCGGCCAAUGUCGAGGCGCAUUUUAUGGGCACGGGUGAGUUGAGCGGUCCCGAACUCUGACUGUGAUCUUUUUUUCUUUUUAUUUUGUUGAUAUAAUUCGGAUGAACUUGAUGGGAUCCCAGCUCAUCUUCUGUACCGUCUUUUCCAAUCUCAGGGCCAGAAAUCUGGGAAGAUACAGCCGGCAAGGUUGAUAUCUUCGUCUGCGGGUCAGGGUCCGGAGGAACCAUCUCCGGCGCCGGGAGGUUCCUCAAGUCCAAGAACCCUUCUAUGAAGAUCGUCUGCGUCGAACCCGCUGAAAGACCCGCCAUCUCAGGUAAAUUGGUUCCACGGGUUAGGAUUAUGGCCGGCGAAAGGUGUCGUCUGCCCUAAUCUGAUCCCUCGUUUCCUUCCUCGUAAGGAGAAAAAAUUCGGUGGUCUAUAGCUUCUGGUUUGAUCGCUGUCGCUGGGAGGUAGAAAACUCCACAAAAUUAUAACCAAGAGGUUGUUCAUUCGGCAGGCGGCUCGCAGGGGGAACACGAGAUCCAGGGGAUCGGCCCUGGUUUCAUCCCCCACAACCUGGACAUAGCGCUGGUCGACGAGGUCGUCACUGUGAGCUCGGAAGAGGCCAUGGCGCAAGCUCGGAGGUUGGCCGCCGAGGAAGGUCUCCUCGUCGGCAUCUCCUCCGGCGCUAACUUAGCAGCUUGUCUCAAGGUAUAAACCUUAGAAUGAUCCCCUCUUCUUCCUCGUCCGGGUCUGUUUCACCGGCGCAUGAUCUGCUGCUUCUUGCCGGUGGUGUUUCAGAUUGCGAGGAGGGAUGAGAGCAGAGGGAAGAUGAUCGUCACCAUCUUCGCCAGCGCCGGGGAGAGGUAUCUCAGCACGGGACUGUUCUCCCAGGUGAGAGAAGAGUGCCUGAAGAUGAAACCCUAG